AAAACUCCGGUCAGUCUGACGGGCGCUGUUUCUCCUCUCGUGAGUUUUGAGAAGUGAACUUUAGUGUUGUGUUGUGAUAAUGUCUCUCUGUGCGAUAGUGUUGAUCUGUCUGUGCGGUGUCCUGAAGGCACAGGAGACGACAGAUCCCAUCUCACUGGAUGACUGUUGUAAAGAUGGUAAAGAGAGAGGUCAAGAGUCACAGGACUGCUCCAGCCUGCCGCUCAUCUCUGAAUCCACCACCUGCAGGAUAGCUCAGGAACAGUGUUGUGCUGCAGUUCUAGAAGACAAUACCUGUACCACCGGCAUCAACAUGGCGAAGGACCAGGGAAGCUGUGAUGCUCUUUUAUCCAGCAGUACAUGUGAAACAAAGACAUCCAAGAUGUGUUGUGAGUGUUGUUUGCUGGGCCGGUCGGCUCAGGAACGCGGGCUGUCAUGUGACCUCAGUCUCCCGGUGGGGUAUCAGUGCGGUCUGGUGUCUCGGGCGUGUUGUGUGGACCGCUCGCCCGGCGCUGAUGUGAACUCUACAGACGGUGGAGCUUUAGUGAGCGAUACACCGAGUGCAGAAGAUCGAUGCAAAGCGGCCAGAUGUGCCCAGCGCUGUGUGAACGGGACGUGUGCAUGUUUCAAGGGAUACAAGUUCAAGGCCGAUGGACAAAACUGUGAAGACAUUAAUGAAUGUUUGUUGGGGGCUCAUCUGUGUCGCUCUGGUGAGCGCUGUAUUAACACCGUGGCUUCAUAUCGCUGUCAGAGGGAGGUGAGCUGUGGAACGGGGUAUGAACUCACAGACAACAACAAAUGUGAAGACAUUGAUGAGUGCGAGUUAGGUUCUCAUAACUGCGCGACCGGACUGGAAUGUCAGAACACGUUCGGAUCGUUCCGGUGUCGACCCAUAGAGCAGUGCGGCACAGGAUUCAUCCAGGACGCUCUGGGGAGCUGCAUCGAUAUAAAUGAGUGUUUAAGCAUAACCGGACCGUGUCAGCCGGGUCAGAUGUGUCUUAACACGGUGGGCUCGUACACUUGUCGGAGAAACUCUGUUAGCUGUGGCCGCGGGUAUCACCUGAACACUGAAGGGACUCGCUGUGUAGACAUCGAUGAGUGUGCCGGACCUGAUAACGCCUGUGACGGUCACGGCUGUAUUAAUCUGAUGGGAUCGUACCGCUGCGAGUGCAGGUCCGGUUUCAACUUCAACAGCAUCAGCAAAAGUUGUGAAGACAUUAAUGAAUGCCGGAAUUAUCCCGGCCGUCUGUGUGCUCACAAGUGUGAGAAUGUGCUGGGCUCGUAUCAGUGCAGCUGUACCGCUGGAUUCAAACUGGCCAGUGACGGACGCAACUGUGAUGAUGUGAACGAAUGUGAGACCAGUCCGUGCAGUCAAGAGUGUGCGAACGUUUACGGGUCUUAUCAGUGCUACUGUCGCCGUGGUUAUCAGCUCAGUGACAUUGAUGGAAUCACCUGUGAGGACAUCGAUGAAUGUGCUUUGCCCACCGGUGGACACAUCUGCUCGUAUCGAUGCCACAACACCCCGGGGAGUUUCCACUGCACUUGUCCCGUGAGCGGGUACACGCUCGCCCCCAACACCCGCAGCUGCCAAGACAUCGACGAGUGUCUGACGGGUACACACACCUGUGCAGAAGCCGAGAGCUGCUUCAACGUUCAGGGAGGAUUUAGGUGCCUGAACUUUGAGUGUCCGGCCAACUACAGACGUUCAGGAGAAACCCGCUGCGAACGCUUGCCUUGUAAUCACAGUAGCGAGUGUCUGGCCUUGCCUGUGAGAAUAACCUACUACCACCUGACAUUCCCAACCAAAAUUCCCAUUCCCACCAACAUCUUCCGCAUGGGUCCCUCCAACUCAGCGCUCGGGGACGACAUCGAGGUGGGCAUCGUGGACGGUAACCAGGAAGGCUAUUUCUCUGCCCAACGUCAGGAUCACGGCGGCGUGCUGGUGGUCCAGAAACCCAUCGCGGUCCCUCAGGACUUUGAAAUCUCUCUGGAGAUGAAACUUAGGCGAUACGGACACCUCAGCGUUUAUCUGUUCAAGAUACGCUUGUUUGUAACCCCGGAGGACCUGAGCAAUGCCAUCACUGAAUGAAUGAAUUGAUCUGAUAUAUUAAAUUCAUGUUUCUAGAAGCGCACUGCUUUAGUAGUUAAAAUGUGAUAAGAGCGAGUGUCUCGAGACCGUUCAUUUGGAUACUUUAACAAAAUCAAAAGAAAUAUCAUAUGGUAAUCCUUCUUUAAAGGAAUAAUUCACCCGGUUAUGAAAACCUCUCCUCAUCCUCAUGUCAUCCCAAAUACAGUUAUGACCACUUUGGCUUUAUUCUGAUGUUGGACCCGGACCUCGUAAAAGCCCAAAGUAUUGUCAAUCGAUCUACUGGGUUGGUAAAUGUCUUCUGAUGCCCAAUGAUAUGUCUGUGAGAGAAAACCAGUCACGUUUGAAGCUUAUUUACAGAACUUAAAACAAUCUUAAAAUAUGGUGAAAAUGAUGAUAACUUCAAAUCCUAUUGGGAUUGCUUUCCUGUAGCUCAGUGGUAAGAGCAUUGAGUUAACAACGUGGGUUUGAUCCCAGGGGGUCACAAAUACCUAUGUAAAAUGUUUAGGAUAAAGCAAUGUAAGUCACUUCGGAUAAAAGCGUCUGACAAAUGCCUAAAUGUAAAUGUAAAUAAUUUGUCUCAUGACAAAAUAGCAUUUGAGAACUUAAAGGACAAGUGAGAACCAAAGAAAUGAUCAGUUUUAGACCAGUCGGACGUGGUUGUUCUGGUUUUAGUUUCACUAAAUAAGCUGAAAACAUGAUUUGUGCAUUCUGGAGCUUUUGAACAUUUUGAUCAAACUUAUUUGUGAUGUCAUGAGUGAGUGAUUGAGAUUUUAUUUUAUAUUCGGGUGAACUGUACCUUUAAGAAAAUUCUGUUGGCAUUUUCUCGUCCUCAUUGUUAUUGUAAAUCCAUAUGCUUUUAUUUGUUUAGUGCUUUAGUCAUGGCAUUUGAUCACAAAACAUACAGAAAGAACGCUCUCAUAUGACUUCUAAAGGAGUUCCAGUCAUAUAAAACUGCUUUUAUCAAUAUUACAGUUUAAAUGUUUUGUAGUCGAAAUAAACUAUAUUAGUAUGAAAAGAGAACGAUUAUUUUAAUAUCCACUUUGUGUACCAGCAAAGGGGUUUAAGAACACAAUGGAGGUGAGAUGAUAAAGGUUUUAUUUUUAAAUGGGGCAUUGAUAACACUGUGGUGGUGUCAUGUGUGAGAACAAUAGACUUGAGUUGAACAUUACUGCUGUAAACAGAAUCCAAACACUGAGAGCCGUUUGUUUUCUCGUGUAUCAGAACUGCUGUUAUGUGACUUCUCUGUGUAGUCUGCAGUGUAGUUAACAUUCCCUCCUGAUCUCUGAUCUGUAUGAACUCAGCCACUAGAUGGCGCUUUCAGCCAAAGCAAAGCAAGUCAACCUAAGUGAACGGUUGCCCAGUCAGUUUAUCCUUUAGAUUUUGUUAUUCAUUCAGUCUUUUAUUUUCUAAUAAAAUAUUACCGAUGUCAUGGA